UUCAUAUUUGUAUAGUAAUGUAUUCAUUAUAUACAAAUAUACAUGUUGAAAACAGCGAGAAAAUAAAUCGAGAAUAACAUAUUAAGUUAAUAUAAAAACAAGCUAAAGAACUUGGUAUUCGAAAUACAAGUGACAGACGCGAUCAACCGAGAAUCUCAAAACCGAACACCAAGAACCUUCCAAUAGUGCAUAUGAAAAAAAAUCCAUAUGUAUAAAAUAACAAUAAUUAAGAAGCUGUGUUGUUAAUUUUUUCAUCAUAAAAACUAAUUCGCCGGCUGAAUGUAAAUGGAUACAUCCGAAGCCACCAACAUGGAAGAGUCAAAUCCCAAUUACGAUGUUAACCAAAGACUUCAAAAGCCGGAGGGUUGGCCCAACGUCAGUGAGUUUCAUACCUCGAUGAUGUUUCCGGAGGACCCCAGGCGGUACCUCCACCAUCCUCCCACAGAGCCACAGCCACAGCCACCGGUGCCCACACCUAUACCCAUACCCUUACCCGUACCCAUACCCAUACCCAUACCAAUACCCAUCGAUGGAGCCGUAGAAAUACCCGCUAAAAUGCCCGAAUACUGCCCCGACAUAAGUCAGCCCGGGGAGCCCGACCGGGUCAUGAAUCCCCUGGCCGAGGUGGCCAAGAACACAGUACCUUAUGGCCACAAACGAAAGAACUCGUCGGCCGAGGACCAGGCCGCCAACAAGAAGCUCAGUCUGGCCGUGGCCGCCGCCGCCGAGGAGAAGAAGGCCAGCCACCUGCGCAAGAACAUCCGCGACGUGAUGAACGAGAACAAUUUGGACACCACCACGCUGGCUGCGCAGCGGGAGGAGUCGGAGCGUUUGGCUCGCGUUGCUGGUCAACAGAAGUCAAUGCGGGAGAUCCAGAAGCAGGUGGUGCACAAACAGUUCUUCCGCAUCCUGCAGCUCGACGAGAGCGAGGGCAUCGAGAGCUGUGCGGUGGCCAAUCCCGCCGAGCAUCACCCGCCCGUUGACUAUCCGGAGGAGGAGAUAGCCUCGGACACGUUCGACGAGUCGAACAGCAGCAGCCUGAGCGGCGGCAGCAUCGAGGAUGUGCUGCACAAGGAGGCCAGCGUGCAGCAGCCCAGCGAGGUGGUCACCAUCGACGACAGCUCCGACGACGACUGCAUACUGCUGUCCGAGGAGGAGGAGGAGGACGACGACGAGGACAUGAACGAGUCGGACGACGCCACCAACAGCGGCAUGCAUGUGAAGGACGCGUACAAUGUGCCCGACGAGAACGGGCAGGUGGUGGUCAACAUCGCUCACCCCGAGGGCGAGGAGACCCUCUACCUGGCCCCCCAGAUAGCCAAGGUGAUAAAGCCGCACCAGAUCGGCGGCGUGCGCUUCCUGUACGACAACAUAAUCGAAUCGACACGGAGGUAUAACAAAUCGAGCGGCUUCGGCUGCAUUCUGGCCCACUCCAUGGGCCUGGGCAAGACGUUGCAGGUGGUUUCCUUCUGUGAUAUAUUCCUGAGACACACCUCGGCGAAGACCGUGCUGUGUGUGAUGCCCAUCAACACGCUGCAGAACUGGCUGAGCGAGUUCAACAUGUGGGUGCCGCGCUACUCGGCCGAUGGCAAUGUGCGGGCCCGCAAUUUCGACAUCUACGUGCUGAACGACCAGCAGAAGACGCUGACGGCCCGGGCGAAGGUGAUCCUCAACUGGGUGAACGACGGCGGCGUGCUCCUGAUCGGCUACGAGCUGUUCCGCCUGCUGGCCCUCAAGCUGGUGAAGACGCGCAAGCGAAAGGGCAGUGUCAUCCGGCCGGACGGCAUGGACUCCAGCAGCGAUUUGAUGAACCUCGUGUUCGAGGCCUUGGUGAAGCCAGGGCCGGAUCUGGUGAUCUGCGACGAGGGUCACCGGAUCAAGAACUCGCACGCCGGCAUUUCCCUGGCCCUGAAGCAGAUUCGGACGCGGCGACGCAUCGUCCUCACCGGCUAUCCGCUGCAGAACAACCUGCUCGAGUACUGGUGCAUGGUGGAUUUCGUGCGGCCCAACUACCUGGGCACCCGCACCGAGUUCUGCAACAUGUUCGAGCGGCCCAUCCAGAACGGGCAGUGCGUGGACUCCACGCCCGACGACAUCAAGCUGAUGCGCUACAGGGCGCACGUGCUGCACUCCCUGCUGCUGGGCUUCGUCCAGCGGCGGUCGCACACGGUGUUGCAGCUAACGCUGCCGCACAAGUACGAGUACGUCAUCCUGGCCAAAAUGACUGCCUUCCAGCGCAAGCUCUACGACACCUUCAUGACCGACGUGGUGCGCACAAAGGCGUUUCCCAACCCGCUGAAGGCCUUUGCCGUCUGCUGCAAAAUCUGGAACCAUCCGGAUGUUCUGUAUAACUUUCUGAAAAAAUGUGAGACUGAUUUAGACUUAGAAAUCGACGAGGAGGUAUCCAAGGGAGCACCCACCCCGAUUGUGGAGCCCAGUCCAGAUCCCUCCUUGAGUGUGGCUUCGCCUCUGUUCGAGAGGAAAAUCAAUGGAGCCAGCGAACCGGUCAAUAGUAUUGAAACCCUACCCAAAGCCGAUAAUCAAAACUUAUUUAAUAUACCCACAUCAUCGGAUUUGAAUGCUAAAUAUUUGAAUAAGAGCCCUAGUUUCUACGAUGAAAAACCGGAGCCACUUAAUUAUGGCACCUUCGGCAGUGAGGGUAAAAACAAUUAUUGGAUGGACUCCAGUAUUCUUCCCAAGCCGGCGGGAUGCGUUGAGGUCAUCAAGCAAACGGACACGAACAUGUCAAAUAACUUUGAGAGCAUAACCGGGUCUUCGGAGAUCGUGGAUCUGGACACAAACGAAAUAAAGACCGUCGAAACGACAAUACAAACGCCGUGUUCCAACAAUCAACUAGAUAAUGAGUGCAAUUCCAGCAAGCCAAGUGAAUGGAAUGCCUCGGGCAUUAAAAACGUUAGUAGCGUUCCCGUCGAGCCGUUCAAAAAGUUGCUAAAAAGUAAGCGAAACGAUGAGUUUUCAUGUUCGUGGGCCGUCGACCUCAUGAAGAACUAUGUGUCGGGCCUAAUAUCGAAUUCGCCGAAAAUGGAGAUUUUCUUCUGCAUCUUGAAGGAGAGUCUUCAGUUGGGCGAUCGUAUUUUGUUGUUUAGCCAAAGUCUAUUAACCUUAAACCUACUCGAAGUCUAUCUAAAAUCUAGUUAUGUUCCUGGUAGCAAUAUGUUCUGGACUAAAAAUAGCUCUUAUUUUCGUUUGGAUGGUUCUACUUCCUCGCAAGAAAGGGAAAGACUAGUCAAUGAAUUUAAUGCAAAUAGUAAUGUUAAGCUUUUUUUAAUAUCUACACGAGCUGGCUCAUUGGGAAUUAACCUGACUGGAGCGAAUCGCGUUAUAAUAUUCGACGCUAGUUGGAAUCCCUGUCACGAUACACAAGCUGUAUAUAGGAUUUAUAGAUAUGGUCAGAUUAAGCCGUGUUUUGUGUAUAGAAUUGUAAUGGACAGAUGUCUGGAGAAGAAGAUAUACGAUAGGCAAAUCAAAAAGCAAGGCAUGUCCGAUCGAAUCGUCGACGAAUGCAAUCCCGAGGCACAUCUUUCGAUGAAGGAUAUAACCAAUCUGUGUCACGACUACGACUCCGAUGAAGACACCGUCGAGGAGAUAAAUAAACCAAUAAACGAUUUGAGCAAGCCAAGCUCACCGUCGGAGGAGGGCAGUAAGCCAGCAAUUGAGCAGAUUAAGAGAGAGGACGAGACAAAUAACUCGCUAGAUGGGCAAAAUAAAUCAAACGAAGAUCAAAACAAGACGGCAGACCAUCAAACGGAGUCCAAAACACUAAACGGCGCCUCACACUCACCGAUCAAAAAGGAAAAGGAUGAUGUCCCGGAAAACAUUGUUCAUGCCGACUCAAUUAUCAACACCAUUCUCGCGUUGCACAGGCACUGUGUGACAAAGGAACCCUUCUUGCACGAAAGUUUGUUGGUUGAUCAAAAGGACAGAAAACUGUCGCAGGCGGAAAAAAGACAGGCUCAUCGAAGCUACGAACUGGAAAAGAAGGCAGCCGUUAAUCAGAGAUGUACUUAUGCGCCAGCGAAAAUGCACUACAAGAUUGUGAACAACGAUGGAACUGUUAUUACCAAGCCAAUGAAUCAGCAAACAAAGACCAAUACAUUGGCUUCCUCUGGUCGAUCCACUCGUUGGAUUCCAGCUGACGUGUGGCAAAGACAGGGAAUGACUGCCCAAGAAAUGACCCUGCCACUUGACGUUGUUAUUCCCACGAAUUCGGCCGACAAAGCCAAUAUAAUUCUAAAGGCUGGCCAACGAGUUAUGGUUCUGAAGUCGACGAAAGGAAUUUACAUGCAGUUGGACAGCGGGAAGAUCAUAGCUAUAAGGACAACGGCCAAAACUGAACCCGAAAAGACAAACAAGGAUGAUGUGAUAGACAUAACUUCCGAUUGCGACACCGACACAGCAAAACCCCAAACUCCAGAAGAAGAUGUGAAAGAUCUGACAGCUGAUGACGAACCGCAUGUGGUUAAGAGUAAGGAAAGCACUCCAGCAACCAGUAGCCGGACGGAAAUGUCAACGAAAGAGCGAAAGUCCGCGGAGAACAUGCAACAUUUUAAGCCGCAAACGCAACCAAAUAAUACUUUAGCCACCACAACAAAUCAGCACCCGAUGCCUUGUGACUUGAACUACCCACAGCAGCCGCAAACCCUGCCGCAGCAGCAACAGCAGCAGUCGCAUCAACAGCCGCAGCAACAGCAACCACCGCAGCAGCAGCAGCAACAGCCGCAGCAGCCACCGCCACAGGCGUAUAAACAUCCGAAUCACAUGCCUGCGGCCGGCGAGGCUUACAACAAUGCCAAUAGUAUUCAGCCAAAUGCGCCACUAGCGCCGCAUCCAGGAGCGCCCAACAGCGAGCCGGCGCCGUCGGCGGACAGCUCGUACUUCCAGGCCAAACCCUUCCAGCACACAUAUCCGCCACAGUACUACGAUUACUAUGACAAUAAGCACAAGGCCGCGCCGGCGCCCGGAUCCAGCUACCACAUCAAUAACUACACCUCGUACGGCAAUCUGAACUUCGCACCGUAUCAUUCCAACCUGCAUCCACCAGCGGCCUACAUCGGUGCUCCGUCGUCGUACGUCAACUCGAAUGUUUUCCCUCGCCAGCAUUGGAGUUCGGUUGUAAAUUCACCAGCGUCAAGCGAGUCUAUUCGACAGCCAUCGUACAUUGGCAGUACUUACCCCAUCAACGAAUGGUCGUCGCAAUAGCAAGUGUAAAUAGACCAUGGUCCAAUAUCUCCGUGUCCAGUUGAGGGCGAAGCCACUUUAACGAGCUCAAAUAUACUCAGACUAUAUCUUUUAACUGAUAAUUUUAUUAUGUUUCGAUUUCGAUUUCUGUUCGACUUUUAACCAUGCUUUAUUGUAUAGAUUAUUGUGAUUGCUUUUUUGUUUAUACAUUUUUUUUAUAAUGUACUCAAAGAAUGCCCAUAUAUUAUAUAUGUUGAAUAUUUAUUCAGGCGUUGGCAAAAAGAAGUAAACUGUCAAAACAAAUCAUUAUCAUUAUACUAGACAAUUAAUGAGAUCAUUCAAGUGAUCAAUAAACCACACACAAUGCUUCCUAUACUCAUUAAAUUUCAAUUUUACCCAUGAUAAUGUUCUUGUGGCUUGCGAAUCAAAUUAUAUAAUGCAAACAGUAAUUGUAUACUUUGUCGUUAGCGUGUUUACCUUGACUGGACGAAAACAGAGCUCGGCCUUUAUUCCUUACCAUUACUUCCCUCUAAUUUAUUUAUUAUCUUAUCAUAGUAAAUUCUUUUUAAACGCAUAAUUACGAUAAGUUAUUAGUUUUUAUUCUGAAAAAAAUACAAACAAAAUCUAAACAAAUAUUCAUAGCUCGUAACCUACUGUGUAAGCAAUCGUUCUACCCAAUUGUAUUUAAUUCAGAAGCCCAUGAAUAGUAAAACUCAUACGGAACAACAUUCGAAAACUGGUCUCUUUUGGUUUAGGGUAGCAAUGCCCAGGAAAAGGAAACUAAAAAAAACAUUGACAUUAGUCUAGAUAAUAGCACAUUCGAAAUAAUAAUAAACAAGCUUUGAUUAAACAAUGUUAGGAUCUAAGCAAUAAAGAGAAAGUAUUAAACAACAACUA